UUUGGCACUUUAAAUUAUGCUCGAAGUCUCCGCUCGUUCCUCCUCCGAUCUCCCCCGGCUCUUUUCAGGAGGGAGCCAUCAACUUCGUCCCCAAAUUCAAUCAAGAUCUGGUUUCGAUUAGUUGAUCCCAAACCCUAACCCUAAGCCUGAAAUCAUGUCGAUGGGUGGAAACAAAGACGACGCCUUGAAAUGCAUCCGAAUUGGGAAAGAAGCCCUAGAAUCAGGAGAUCGCACUCGCGCCCUAAAAUUCCUCAACAAAGCUCGUCGCCUCGAUCCCUCUCUCCCCAUUGACGAUCUCUUAUCCACUGCCAAAGAAUCCUCUGAGUCUAAUCACAACCCUAGAAAUGAGCCUGAACCUGAGAGUGCAACUGUUGGCGCGUCGUCUUCUUACUCGUCGCCGUCGUCCAGUUCGGCUAGGGCUAGGGUUUCUUCUAAGGGGUCUUCGAAAGAUUACACGGAGGAGCAGCUGACUAUUGUUCACCAGAUCAAGAAGCAGAAGGAUUAUUAUCAGAUUCUUGGGUUGGAGCGCAGUUGCACCGUGGAAGAUGUUCGGAAGGCGUAUCGAAAGCUUUCGCUGAAGGUUCAUCCUGAUAAGAACAAGGCGCCCGGUGCUGAGGAAGCCUUUAAGGCGGUCUCCAAGGCUUUCCAGUGCCUUAGCAACGAGGAAACGAAGAAAAGGUACGAUCUUGUUGGGUCAGAGGAGCCGAACUAUGGAAGGGCCCCGACUAGGCAACAUUCUCAUGGAUUCAAUGGGUUCUAUGGUGAUGACUUUGAUCCAGAUGAGAUCUUUAGGAAUUUCUUUGGUGGAGGACCUCAAGCAACUACUCCUUUUGGGACGUUCCACUUUAGAACUGGUGGCAUGGGCAUGCCAAAUGGUAAUGGUACGCAUGGAUCGGGUAAUGGGAAUCUCCGGAUGAUUAUUCAGAUGCUGCCCAUUAUUCUAUUGGUCCUGGUAAACUUGAUUCCUUCAUCGGAUCCGAUAUACUCACUGUCUCGUAGUCACCCGUAUGAACAUAAGCUUGAGACAAAAAAGGGUGUGGCUUAUUUUGUUAAGUCUUUGUCUAAGUUUGAACAGGAUUACCCUUACAAUAGUUCCGAACGCAAGAAUUUGGAGCGUCAUGUUGAGAGGGAAUAUGUUGAUAUUAUUUCACAGAAUUGUCGAGUUGAGGUGCAGCGACGACAUUGGGGCUUAGUAAAGGAGAUGCCUCAUUGUGACUUGCUUGAGAAGUAUCAUGCAACGGCGUAGUUUCAUCUGCACAGGUAGUGGAGAAUAUAUCAGUAAGAUACUACAGAGCUGGUCCUGCCUUUUGCUUAGGCUCUUGCAAAGAAUUUGACUGGAGAAAAGAGACGGGAGUGGUUCUCUACUGAUAGGAUUCUACUUCUUGACAUCUCAUUGUAUCUUCAGUCUAUCCUCUCCUCUGGUUCGUUCACAACAUCGACUUAGAAGUAUUAUUGCUGCAAAUCAUAUUACGUCAGUACCUGAUUGUGCUUGGGCUGAUUUUCUUAUCUUCCUCAUUUUAUACUUUUGUAGCGAUAAGUUUGAUGGCCUCCUUUUUGUUGAUAAUAAUAGCAGUAUUCGUACAUGGUGCCUCAGCUUAAUUUGCUUCUUGGAUCGAUGCUAUUUGACUGGUGAAGAAAUGACUUCUUUUUGUACUAUGCUAUUCACAGUAUAUAUUUGUGGGGGGGGUAAAUAUAAAAUUCAUCAGGAAA